AAUCUGUGUUGUCAGGUAACAGCAGUUGACGUGACCCGCCGAAGGAACUCGAUUCCACCAGAUUCUGCUGCUCGAAUCCAUUUGGGUAUGUCAAGUGUUCCCCUGCCUCCUUUGUGAUCUCGUGGGCCGUUGUACGAACCUGACUUGAGACAGCAGUUUGAAUGGAACGGAGUCACGGUGCUGAAGCUGCACUGAUGUGGAAGACCAGCUGCCCUCUGAAAGCCCCUAAGGUCAUCUGGUUUGGAUGCUCUUCCUGCACAUACUUCACCAGAGACCAGCGGGGAAUCGUGAGCCACCUGGUUGCCCAUGGUGAUGAACAAAUCAAGUGCCCCCGUCCUCUCAUGUCUCCUGGCUCUAGGUCCAAAGUCGACACUAACACUCAGAUGCACAAAGGUGAUAGGAUCUUUAAGUGCAAGCUGUGCCCCCAAACCUUUGCACAUCGUGGCAGUCUGAGCAACCACAAUCGAACUCACGCAGAUGAAAAGCCAUUCAAGUGCAAGCUUUGUGGUCAAGCCUUUGCUCGGAGUUCCUAUUUGAGAGACCAUAAUCGAACACACAAUGGUGAUAAACCUUAUAAGUGCAAGCUGUGCCUCCAAGCCUUUGCUCAAAAUUCCCAUCUGAGAUUCCAUAAUCGAAUACACAGUGGUGAUAAACCUUAUAAGUGCAAGCUGUGCCUCCGAGCCUUUUCUCAAGAUUCCCAUCUAAAGUCUCAUUAUCGAACACACAAUGGUGAUAAACCUUACAAGUGCAAUCUUUGUCCUCAAACCUUUGCUUGGAGUUCCUCUUUGAGGACCCAUAAUCGAACACACACUGGUGAGAGGCCUUACAAGUGUAAGCUGUGCCCCCGAGCCUUUGCUCGGCAUCAUGUCCUGAUCCAACACAAUCGAACGCACACGGGGGAAAAGCCCUUCAAGUGCAACCUUUGCCCCCGAGCCUUUUCUCGGAAUACUCAUUUGAGAAGGCAUAGUCAAACACACUGUAGUGAUAAACAGUGUUGAAAAACCUGAUAAAGGCAAGCAGUGUCGAAAACAAACAGGUGAAAGAACCUGCUCUUUUUUCAGAUUUCUUUGCACUUGCUCAAAGUGUGGUCCUUUGAGGUGUAAUCUAAAUAUAUUCUUAAAAAUGGUUUAAUUCUUUUGUUUUUGUUAUUUACUCCUAUAUAUGUAGAAUGCAAAACUUGCAUUGAAUGCCUAUGUGACUAAACUUUAAUUUCCCUGUUUUUCAAUCAAAAGACAAAAAAGGCUUGCAGUUUCAACUUUCAGUUAUUUCUUUUAGAUGCAGGCCUCGGUACAAAAAUAUUUGUUGAGUAAUGUUUUAGAAGGUUGCAUUUUUGACAUGCUGUACCAUAUGCUAUCUCAUCUUAGCAGUUACUUUUGGGGGAGACCCGUUGCCAAGUGUGUGUAUGCGAGCGCCUUGUGCCCCAGAUUCUGGAACUGCUAGUUGAAUCCCUCGCCCAGCAGGUUUUGCUGUAAAUUGACAUUGUACUUUUCUUAAUACAUAGUGUGAAAUUCGUUUUGUGUGUAGUGUGAAAUAGUUUGAAAUGCUAAGGGGGUAGUCGCCCCUUACAAAACCUCUUUGCUUGUUUUUUUUUUACAUUUGUUUGAAGGAUUCGAGAACACCCUUGUCGACUGGAACUGGCCAGUUGACUGAGAUGAUGUACAUCCGCCACACCUCACACAUUACUUCAAGUUCUGUCAUCUCUCUUUAGAGGAUAAUGUUAGCGGUCGCUUUGAGGUCUUUUUGGUUUAGGCGGCACCAUGUGACACGGUGGCGACGGCCGCGACAUAUUUUUCUGGGCGCCAUCCGCCACGACUUUCAUGGUCGCUCCCACCACCUAAAUUAUCGCCCUCCCCACCCCCCCUUCCCUCAAACCAAUAUGUGGAAUUUGCCCCUUCCCCCGCUCCUAGAACCAAUAUCUGGAACGGCCUCUGCUCAAGUGCCACUGCCAAAAGCAGCAUCAAGGGCCCUUCACAACUAAGCGAGCCGAACAGACAGGGAAACAGCAUCAGUCAUGAGCUGAACCAUCCACUGCCGCCGUAAGUGCAUCUGUGCCCCCCUCCACUGAUGUAACUAGCUGGUUCCACGAAGUGAAAGUUUGGCUGCAAAAUAUAUGGCAUGCCAGAAGCCACUGCCGAUAUCAAAGACUGCUUUGUUGCGGUUAACCUCAACACCAAGAAUAUAAGCACAUAAAACAACAUAAAGUCAGCAUUUUGGCGGCACUAUAAUUUAGAAAGCCCUGUCACAAGUCAAAGAGUAAUGUUUGUUCGGAGGCAGUAGUCUCCUACGGAAGUGCGCAUUGAGGAUGCCAUUGAGAAGCUGCAGCUGAUAGAGGAAUGAACCUUCGUGGGCUGCUUCUUUAAUUUCUGUACAGCGAGGUGGAUGUAUUUUGACAGCAUUUGCAUAUUCCUUAGUGA